AAACAGGACUUCACUCUGAAGAAGCUGUUGCUACAAUUAAAUGUCAAAUCAGCAUGAUACAGACUUGAAUCAACUGACUCCAGGGGUAAAUCAUUUGUUCUAACCAGGAAUCAGGAAUAAUGAAAAACAGUGUGGUUUUUCCUUUGCUGCUCCUCUUGGGGACGUGCUCAGGUUACGAAAAUGUGGCCUUGCGUGGCAAAGCAACCCAGUCACAACGCUGGGAUGGAGUUUAUGGAGCUGUCUACAGUGCUAUUGAUGGAAACCGUCAUUCUAAUUUUCAUGACGGUUCAUGCUCCCACACUAAAACACACACCAACCCCUGGUGGAGAGUGGACCUGCUGGAGUCCUACAUCGUCACCUCCAUCAUCAUCACCAACAGAGGAGACUGCUGUCCAGAAAGGCUCAACGGGGCAGAGAUUCGCAUCGGCAACUCUUUGCAAGACGAUGGUAUCACAAACCCAUUGGCUGGUGUAAUUUCUGAAAUCCCUGCAGGGAGAUCAUACACUUUGACUUUCACCAAUCGUGUGGAGGGACGUUAUGUGACUGUGUCUCAACCUGGUUCAGACAGGGUUCUUUCACUCUGUGAAGUGGAAGUUUUCGGGUACCGUGUCCCAACUGGAGAGAACCUGGCACUCCAAGGAAAAGCCACACAGUCAUCAUUACACAGUUUUGGCCUUGCAUAUAAUGCCAUUGAUGGGAAUCGUGCCAGCACGUGGGAGAAGGCGUCCUGCAGUCACACAGAUCACGAGCUGAACCCCUGGUGGCGACUGGAUCUGAUCAAAACCCACAAAGUAUUUUCGGUUAAGAUAACCAACCGAGAUAGACGUGAACAAUUUAUCAAUGGAGCUGAGAUCCGCGUUGGAAAUUCCCUUGACAACAAUGGCAACAACAAUCCCAGGUGUGCUGUGAUAUCAAGCAUCCCGGCAGGUCAAACUGUUGAAUUCCAAUGUGUCAACGGGUUUGAUGGCCGCUAUGUUAACAUAGUUAUCCCUGGAAGACGGGAGUGGCUGGUCCUGUGCGAGGUGGAGGUGUAUGGCUCUGUCCUGGAUUAGCUUUAACAUUUACUUCAUUUGCAAGAAUAUAGCCAAUGUUGUUAUAUGUACUCAAACUAACCAACAUAAUAGAUCCAGAUUUGAUGUGAUUGUUAAUAGAUUUAGCUUUAAUGUGAUUGUUCACAUGACAAAUAACCAAUAGAAUUGUGUGCAACAUGGAGUUAAGUUUUAGACAAAAGCAAAAUGAUGGAUAAAAUGGGUCUUUGAUAGUCUCUGUGUUAACAUCAGCCUACAACAAUCAUGUGUGAAACUUGGGCUGGGUACCGCUCAAACACUUUCGAUACUGAUACUGGUACCGAUACCGUGAAUUUGAUACCAGUUCCUGAACGAUACUUUUAUUGAAACCAAUUUUAUCAAAAUUCAUUCAUCAGAUCUUGGUAAAAGCUGCAUGCUUAUUGGUUCACUGACGCUGAUAAGAUCUUAAGUAUUGAAAUUUGGUAAUGAAUGAUUUUUUUUUUUUUUUUUUUUUUUUACUCAAUACUAUGGAGGCAAUUCGGUAGGUGUCUAAACAAAAUCAAAAUUUACCCAGCCCUAUGUAAAACAAGCCUAUUAUAUUUAGUACAUCGAUACAGCAGCUUAGGUGUGUUUUAGAACUGAUCUAUGUCACUGAGCUUGUGAUUGUACUGCCACUGCUGCAUUAUUGCUGUCAUCUUUGCUAAAGUAAAAUAAAAUCAUUAAGCAAGCCUUGCAUAAUGGUCUGGUUCAUAACGCACUCGAUUCAACUUAAACACUACUAAAGAAUAUGGAGUUAAAGAAUAAAGUGUUUUUAUGCAUACAUGAUUUAAAACUUGAACGGCUUUUUUUUGCCACAACCACAUUCAUUUAAGCAGACUGUGUUUCUGGACUUGUUUCUCUGAUGCCCACUAGCACAAGUUCAUCUACUUGCUGAAGUUGACACAGAAAAUAUUAGAGCGAUUCAUUUCAGGUGCAGGACUCGCAUCUCCAAGACUCAAACUUACUGACUUUAAAUAAAUAA